GUUUCAUUUACGAGAAGGAGCUGUGACCACAUCCGGUAGUGACGCAGAGCUAGUAUAGGAAGUACAAGAAACAUUUUUAUCUGGCUUCAUUUUGAUUACUAUAACGACGGAGCGUCACAUUUUUACACAAUACAGUAUUAACUUUGUUUUUUUCCAGAAGUUUUAAAUUGAUAAAGAUGUCUUACCCAGGAUACGGAGGGCAUGGUGGUUAUGGAGCACCUAUGCCAGGAGCUCCAACACAUGGGAUGCAAAUGGUAGCAGGACCAGGGGGAUACCAAGCCUAUGGGGCAUAUCCUGGAAGUUUUAGUGGUGCCCCAGUAAAUGACCCAAUGUGGAGUUAUUUUACUGCAGUAGCAGGACAGGAUGGUGAAAUUGAUUCUGAGGAGCUUCAGAGAUGCUUAACACAGACUGGCAUCAGCGGUUCCUACAGUCCAUUCAGUAUCGAGACCUGCAGAAUCAUGAUUGCCAUGCUGGAUAGAGAUAUGACCUCGAAGAUGGGAUUUAAUGAGUUUAAAGAGCUUUUUGGGGUUUUGAAUGUCUGGAAGCAGAACUUCAUGAUGUUUGACCAGGACAGAAGUGGGACUGUGGAACCACAUGAAAUGAGUCAGGCUGUUUUAUCAAUGGGAUACCGAAUUAGUGCUCAGACACUGAAUGGCAUUCUAAAGCGCUACAGUAAGAAUGGCAGGAUUUUUUUUGAUGAUUAUGUAGCCUGCUGUGUAAAGCUACGAGCUCUUACAGAAACUUUUAAGAGGAGAGAUAAUAUGCAACAAGGAGUUGUAAACUUUCCCUACGAUGAUUUUAUAAUGUGUACAAUGGCAAUCUGAAUGCCAGUUAAAGCAGAUCAUUGAUGACCAUGCCGUUGAAGCAGGAUUUUUAAAUCUCAGUGUACCAGCUACCCCAGGGCAUUGGACUACCUGAACAUGGUGCAGUUUGAACACUGUGUUUGUGUUUUAAAAUAUCAGCAAGGGAAAAUUAUACUUUUUUUCUUUAAAAUCUAAAAACUGUAAAGGGCAUUUGUACCAUUUUCUUGUUUUGUAUUUUAUACAUAACCCACAAUUCAGAAUGUAUCAGGCAUGUUUUAUUGAGAUUCGUGUAAGAGGCUGGCUAAUUUGUAAUGUGACACCUGUUUAAACAGAGUAUGAAAAAAAAACUGUUUUGUGUUAAGAUUCCUUUGUGAUUACAGAUAUAAUAAUCAUGUGUAAUUCAUCCUUUUGGGAUAGUUAGAGGAAGAUGCCAUACCACUAGUGUUAAAAAGCAAACUUCUUAUGUGGCAAACAGUUAAUUUAUAUAUAUAUAUAUAUAUAUAUAUAUAUAUAUAUAUAUAUAUAUAUAUAUAUAUAUAUAUAUAUAUAUAUAUAUAUAAUGUAUGUAUGUGAACCAUCUACAAAUGUAAUAAAAUAGCUACACUGUUAAUGUUGCUUAUUUUGGCUGUAUUUCUAGCUAAUACGUAUGUGCAACAGUGACAAAUGUUUAAUAAAAUGCUAAUUACACUGUU